UUGCCCAAUCAUUCACAUUCGGCUUCACGUCAACGUUUCUCUCUCUCUCUCUCUACGGCUCUCAUCCUCUUCCCAAUCAAAACCAAUCCAUUUAUCUCGUCCACAUAAACCUCUCACUCUUCAUACACGCGCUCUUCUUCGCUCUCUCACUCUAUCUGAGGCGUAUCCGAUAACGCAGCAAUGGCCUCAGCCACCGCACCCACAACCCUCUCUCUUCUCCCCACCGCCACUUCCUCCUCCACCUCCCACAUCCGCUCCUCUCUCCUCCACCUCUCCCCUACCUCCUCCUCUUCCUCCUGCUCCAUUUCCCUCCGCUCCUCCAACAUCCGCCGCCUCGGCUUCUCCGCCGCCGACCCUCUGUUCGCCCAUGGAGUGGCCUCCAAAGUUCGAUCAUUCGGCGGAAAAGCAGUGAGAGGCGUGGUUUCCAUGGCUAAGAAGAGUGUUGGGGACUUGUCCGCCGCAGACUUGAAGGGGAAGAAGGUUUUUGUGAGGGCUGACUUAAAUGUGCCUCUGGAUGACAACCAGAAUAUCACUGAUGAUACAAGGGUUAGAGCUGCGGUACCAACUAUCAAGCAUUUGAUUCAGAAUGGAGCUAAAGUCAUUCUUUCCAGCCAUUUGGGACGACCAAAGGGUGUUACUCCAAAAUUUAGCUUGGCACCUCUUGUACCUCGGCUAUCUGAACUCCUUGGCAUUCAGGUUGUGAAGGCAGAUGACGUUAUUGGUCCAGAGGUAGAAAAGUUGGUGGCUUCACUUCCUGACGGCAGUGUCCUUCUUCUUGAAAAUGUGAGAUUUUACAAGGAGGAAGAAAAGAAUGACCCUGAGUUUGCAAAGAAGCUCGCCUCCUUAGCUGAGCUUUAUGUGAAUGAUGCUUUUGGGACUGCACAUCGAGCUCAUGCAUCAACUGAAGGGGUUACAAAAUUCUUGAAGCCAUCUGUUGCUGGUUUCCUAUUGCAGAAGGAACUUGACUAUCUUGUUGGCGCUGUAUCAAGCCCCAAGAGGCCAUUUGCUGCCAUUGUGGGUGGCUCAAAGGUUUCAUCAAAGAUUGGGGUAAUCGAGUCACUUCUAGAAAAGGUUGAUAUCUUACUUCUUGGUGGAGGAAUGAUCUUCACAUUUUACAAGGCCCAGGGCCUCUCAGUGGGUUCAUCCCUGGUAGAAGAAGAUAAGCUAGAUCUUGCUACAACACUCAUUGCCAAGGCCAAGGCAAAGGGAGUUUCCCUUUUGUUACCCACUGAUGUGGUAAUUGCAGACAAGUUCGCUCCGGAUGCUAACAGCAAGAUUGUGCCAGCUUCUGGCAUCCCUGAUGGCUGGAUGGGAUUAGAUAUUGGACCAGACUCUAUCAAGACAUUCAAUGAUGCUCUGGACACUACUAAAACUGUCAUCUGGAAUGGGCCAAUGGGAGUGUUUGAGUUUGACAAGUUUGCAGUUGGAACUGAGUCUAUUGCGAAGAAGCUAGCAGAGCUUAGUGGGAAGGGAGUGACAACAAUCAUUGGGGGUGGAGAUUCUGUUGCAGCAGUAGAGAAAGUAGGAGUUGCUGCUGUGAUGAGCCACAUUUCAACUGGUGGUGGUGCCAGUUUGGAAUUGUUGGAAGGCAAAGAGCUCCCUGGUGUCCUUGCUCUUGAUGAAGCCACUCCUGUUCCCGUGUAAGACAUUUUAAGUUGAUUUUGUUUCCAACCAUUCCCAUGCUAUUGUUUUUAUUUGAGGUGAGGUUGCCAAUGAGAAGUAAUAUUGUAGGAAGAUACGAGUUCUGGUUGUAAAUGCUCAUGAUGUUUCCUUUGAUGUAAGGUCGAAUUGAAUUCCAAUUUCUGGGGAAAUUCAACAGAACAUAUUGUAAGAUUGGGCAGGGAAAGUCAUUCAAACAAUCUAAUAAAUUGGUUCUUUGCCAUCCUCAA